GGAGACGGGAGGGAGGGGGGAGAACGAGAGGAGGAGCUGAGAGCGCGAAGGAGCGAGCUGCAUUUCUUGGCUUCGUCCUUGAGACGAGAGCGAAGGAGACACGAGAGUCGAGACACGAGAGACGAGAGUGGAGAGAGACACGGGCGCUGGGAUUCGCGACUCCCUCCCAACGCCCUUCCUCCCCGCCAUCCCGGCCCGCGGCUCCGACUCCGCUGCCCGCACGACGCGGGGAGCUGCGCACGGCCUGCGGCGGUCCGGUGCAGGCACCACUGGCAGUCCGCAUGGCCUCCAUCGUGAGCCCGUCUCCGCUGACCUCCUUGAGUCCUCGGGUCGCUCCGAGCGCCGUGAGCCCCAUGGCCUGGCUGCCCCUAGCUGCCCUCGUCACCCUCGCCGCCGCAUCAUCCUCCUCAUCCUCCUCAUCGUCCUCCCUGGCUUCCAUCUCGCCCGAGUGGGUGACCUUGAUGACCCGACACGGCGCGGAUGCUCAGGGGAGCAGCAGCAGCAACAACAACAGAAGUAAAAACUACAGCGGCAGCAGCAGCAACUACAGCAGCAGCAACUACAGCAGCAACAACUACAACUACAACAGUGGCAACUACAGCGGCAACAGCUACAACAGUGGCAACUACAGCGGCAGCGGCAUGAGGAGGCUGCGCAGGGCCAUCUCAGAAAGCGACAAGGCCGUCAUCCUGGACCUCCACAAUAGACUCCGGGGCCAGGUGUCCCCAACGGCCUCGAACAUGGAGUACCUGGUGUGGGACUCGGAGCUGGAGCGCUCUGCCGAGCACUGGGCCGAGACGUGUCUGUGGGAGCACGGUCCCGCAGGGGAGCUCAGCCGCAUCGGCCAGAACCUCGGGGCACACUGGGGCAGGUUUCGCCCCCCCACGUUCCAUGUGCAGGCGUGGUACGACGAGGUGCGGGACUACAGCUUCCCGUACCCACACGAGUGCAAUCCCUGGUGCCCCUUCCGCUGCACAGGGCCCGUGUGCACUCACUACACGCAGCUCGUGUGGGCCACCUCCAGUCGGAUCGGCUGUGCCAUAAACCUGUGCUACAACAUGAACGUGUGGGGUCAAGUGUGGGCCCGUGCCGUCUACCUCGUCUGCAACUACGCCCCCAAGGGCAACUGGUGGGGGUCGGCCCCCUACAAGGUGGGGCGCCCGUGCUCCGAGUGCCCCCCCAGCUACGGAGGGGGCUGCCGGGACAACAUGUGCUUCUGGGGAGGGAGCGGUGAGCGACCUCUGCCCGGGCCUGACACGGGCACCAAGGUGGAGGAGGUGGACGAGGAGACUGAGGAAGAGGAGGGCCCCAACGAGGUGGAGCCGCGUGGGGCCCCUGAGCCGACCCGGCCCGCUCGCACCACGACCACCGCGGCACCCCCCGUGGCCCCGCCGGACGCGAGAGAAUUUGACAUUCGCGAAGUAAUAAGCGUAGAGGAAAUGACUCAGAAAGUUACGUGCGACACCAAGCUUCGCGAUCGCUGUAAGGGCACGCCGUGCAACAGGUACGAGUGCCCUGCGGGCUGUUUCCACAGCAGUGGCAAGGUCAUCGGCACCCUCUACUAUGACAUGCAAUCGAGCGUAUGCCGCGCCGCAAUGCAUUACGGGAUUGUGGACAACGAGGGCGGCUGGGUGGACGUGACGCGCAACGGACGCAUCCCGUUCUUCGUGAAGUCGACCCGCGAGGGCAUCACCUCGAUCAGCAAGUACCGCCCCGCCAACUCCUUCACUGUGUUCCGUGUGACGGUGAAGGCUCUGGACUGUGUCACCACCGUGGGCCAGCUGUGUCCUUACAGGAAACCAGCGACGCAUUGCCCCAGGGUCCACUGCCCCGCCCACUGCAUGCAGUACAACCCUCAUCAAGCGCGUGUCAUUGGCUCAACGAUCUACUCUGACCUGUCGAGCGCGUGCCGCGUGGCGGUGCACGCCGGCGUGGUGCAGAACGCGCGCGGUGGCUACGUGGACCUGAUGCCCGUGGACAAGAAGUCUGAGUACCUGGCCUCCUUCCAGAACGGCAUCUUCUCCGAGAGUUUGCAGAACCCCCCGGGAGGGAAGGCGUUCCGAGUGUUUGCCGUCAUCUGACCCCGUGACCCCGUGACCUCGUGACCCCCGUGACCUCUGACUUUCUACGUACAACGAUGAAAUGCAACGAGCAGCGAUCGGCCUCGUGGGGAUAACGCGGCCGUGACACCGCACUGACACCACCACACUCACCACACUCACCACACUCACCACACUCACGACUACACUCACCACACUCACCACCACACUCACCACCACACUCACCACCACACUCACCA